AUGACUAAAUAUGCUCAAAAAGAAGAAAUUGGUAUUAAAUGGGUAUACCUGGAAUCGGGACACGGUAAGGGAGUUGCAGAUGCUGUAGGAGCAGCUCUUAAGCGUCAAUUUGAUGAAGCAAUAUCUUUCGAUCCUGAUCAUGCCUUCGAUAAUGCUCAAGACUUAAUGAACGCAGUUCAAAACAACACUGAUAUUAAACUUUAUAUUUAUGACAAGAAAGAUAUUCAAAAACUGAAAGAUACAAUUCCAGCUUUAUCCACAAUCAAAGGAACGGCAAAAUUUCAUGAAGUUUUAGCAAAAAAAAGAUGGGCCUCUUUAUGCUAA